AUGACAAGGGAUCUGUUGAGACAGCAGCCAGGAUCUUUACCACGGCAGACCUCAAGUAGGUCACAAACAAUUAAUUACCACAGAGAUGGGAUCCUGGGUGAAGGAGGUUACGGAACAGUUUACAAAGGAGUACUUCCGGAUAAUAAAGUGGUAGCCAUAAAGUCCAAAAUCAUGGCCAAGUCCCAGACUGAUCAGUUUGUUAAUGAAGUAGUUGUUCUCUCUCAAAUAAACCAUAGAAAUGUGGUGAAGCUUUUAGGUUGCUGUUUAGAGACAGAAAUGCCUUUACUAGUUUAUGAGUACGUUAGCAAUGGCACUCUUUAUGACCAUGUUCAUAAAAGAAAUGGAAAAGGUCCACUUUCAUUAGGAUUGCGAUUGAAGAUUGCAGCAGAAACAGCAUAA